CCUGAUUGCUAUAACUCAUGAACCUACGUAGGCUCAGUCUUGGGAAUGAGCCUAUGUUUAAUGAUGAAAAACCUGUCACCAGUGUCGCAACAACAGUCUAAGAGAAAAAACAAAUAAAAAUAAAGAAGCAUUUAACUUUAUAUCCAACAAAGAAGCCAUUGUAAUCAACAACUUCUGCUGCAUUAUUUUCCAAGAUGAACCGGUACACAACCAUGCGACAGCUGGGAGAUGGCACCUAUGGGAGUGUGCUGAUGGGCAAGAGUAAUGAAUCUGGAGAGCUGGUGGCCAUCAAAAGGAUGAAGAGGAAGUUUUAUUCUUGGGAUGAAUGCAUGAACUUGAGAGAAGUUAAGUCUCUGAAGAAACUUAAUCAUGCCAAUGUGAUUAAAUUAAAAGAAGUUAUCAGAGAAAAUGACCAUCUUUAUUUCGUAUUUGAAUAUAUGAAAGAAAACCUUUAUCAAUUAAUGAAAGACAGGAACAAGUUGUUUCCUGAGUCAGUGAUCAGAAAUAUUAUGUAUCAAAUAUUGCAAGGGCUGGCAUUUAUCCAUAAACAUGGUUUCUUUCAUAGGGAUAUGAAACCAGAAAACUUGCUUUGUAUGGGUCCAGAACUUGUAAAAAUUGCUGAUUUUGGUCUUGCAAGGGAAUUAAGGUCACAGCCACCAUACACUGAUUAUGUGUCUACCCGAUGGUAUCGUGCUCCUGAAGUUUUAUUAAGAUCGUCAGUUUACAGCUCUCCCAUUGAUGUGUGGGCUGUUGGGAGUAUAAUGGCUGAACUAUAUACAUUCAGACCACUUUUCCCAGGGACAAGUGAGGUAGAUGAAAUCUUUAAAAUUUGCCAAGUCUUAGGGACUCCAAAAAAAAAUGACUGGCCAGAAGGGUACCAGCUUGCAUCUGCGAUGAAUUUCCGUUUUCCUCAGUGUGUUCCUAUAAACUUAAAAACUCUUAUUCCCAAUGCCAGUAAUGAAGCUAUUCAGCUCAUGACUGAAAUGUUGAAUUGGAAUCCAAAAAAACGACCAACAGCAAGCCAGGCACUGAAACACCCGUAUUUUCAAGUUGGUCAAGUAUUAGGCCCUUCCUCACAUCAUCUGGAAUCGAAACAAUCUUUGAAUAAGCAGGUACAACUGCUAGAAUCGAAGCCAUCUUUAAUUGAUCCAGAGCCUAAGCCUCUACCAGAAGUACAUGAUCAGACUGCCGGACAGCCCCAGCCAAAAUACAAUCACCAGCCACUGCAGCCCAUCCAGCCUCCACAGAACAUAAGUGUCCAGCAGGCGCCAAAGCAGCAGGGCCAACAGAAACAGCCUCAAACACUGUUUCCAAGUAUCAUUAAAAACAUGCCAACUAAGCCAAAUGGCACGCUGGGGAAUAAAAGCACUAGGAGGCGUUGGGGUCAGACUGUGUUCAAGUCUGGAGAUAGUUGGGAAGAGAUCGAGGACUAUGAUUUUGGAAUCUCCAGUUCCAAGAAGUCAAGCAUGAAUGUUUUCAAAGAAAAGAGGAGAAAAGAUUCUCCAUUUCGGCUUCCAGAGUCAGUACCCUCAGACUCCAACCACUCAGCAGGAGAAAACAAGAGCUUAUCUACUGCCGUUUCCCUAAAAUCUGAGUCUGAAUUGCCAACUGCUUCAACAGCUAAACAGUACUACUUAAAACAAUCAAGAUACCUUCCAGGUGUAAAUCCUAAGAAUGUGUCCUUGAUAGCCAGUGGAAAGAAUAUGAAUGCAUAUACUUGGAAUAAUCAGUUAUUUCCCAAGUCAUUGGGACCCAUUGGUGCAGAACUUGCUUUCAAAAGGAGUAAAGCAGAAGAAAGCAUAAUUGAACCAAUUGAAAAACUAUCAUGUAAUGAGAGUUUUCCUGAAAAAUUAGAGGACCCACAAGGAAAUCUUGGAAAUUACGCGACUUACAAUCAGUCAGGAUAUAUUCCUUCCUUUCUCAAAAAAGAAGUGGGGUCAGCUGGCCAGAGGAUACACUUAGCACCUCUUGGUGCCACAGCUUCAGAAUAUAACUGGAACACAAAAACUGGUCGGGGGAAAUGUUCAGGACCUACUUACAAUCCUACAGCCAAGAAUCUAAAUAUUGUGAACCGUGCACAGCCAGUGCCCUCAGUGCAUGGGAGGACAGACUGGGUGGCCAAGUACGGAGGCCACCGGUAG